CCUCUGCCGAGUGUGGGUAUGUUAGUCCUCUCGCUCUCGUAGUCGCUGGCCUGGAUAUACUCGGUGAACCUCCCUGAUAAGAUGUGUUUCUGAAAUUGUUGUGCGCUGAACCGGUUCAUUGUGUCAAAUGUGAAUACCCGCGAGUGAAACAUAGCUGGAUAUUUGUGUUCGCUAAGCCAGGGAGAUUAGUGGUCAUGUCUGGAGGUUCUGGCAGCGUGCCAGGGGUGCCACCAGCGCCCUCAGUCUUCUCCUCCUUCGUGAGCACUGGCGUGAGUGCCCCUAUGUACCCUGGGAGUCACCACAGUGUUCACACCCCGCAGGGGGGACUCCACUAUUCCCAACACCACCGUUUGCACCCACAGCUCUCUGUAUUACACCAGGUGAAUUCGGAGGCGGCGCCGUCAGCCUUCCACCCUGUAGUAUCGCGUGGCAGCCGGCGCCUGCAUGAAGUGGCCAGCCCUGAUCACGAGGCCCCUCGCCCUGAUGACCCGGGUGGGCCCCAACUCCAAAGUGGGCCCAGCCGCAACCUGGCCGACAUUCAGGGACACGUGCUGCCCCUGGGGCACUCCAUGCCGCCGCUUGGAGUGCCCACCCUUGGCAUGGGCAACCCCCUCCUGCCGGGUAUCUUCGACAGACGGUUACUGCGAGUGUCGGGUCGGGCGGCGCGGCCGAAGAAGCAGUUUAUAUGCAAGUACUGUUCCAGGCACUUUACAAAAAGCUACAACCUGCUGAUCCACGAGAGGACGCACACCGACGAGCGUCCAUUCCCUUGCGACGUCUGUGGGAAGGCAUUCCGCCGUCAGGACCACCUCAGAGACCACAAGUACAUACACAGCAAGGAGAAGCCUUUCAAGUGCAGCGAGUGCGGCAAGGGCUUCUGUCAGAGCCGCACCCUGGCCGUGCACAAGAUCCUCCACAUGGAGGAGUCGCCACACAAGUGCCCCACUUGCGGCAGGAGCUUCAACCAACGCAGCAACCUGAAGACCCACUUACUCACACAUACCGACCUCAAGCCUUACAAGUGCGCCUCCUGCAGCGCCGUCUUCAGGAGGAACUGCGAUCUCAGGCGGCACAUGCUGACGCAUUCCAUCGGCGGCCAUUUGCCUUCGGAUAAAGAUACGGAAGAAGGGAAGACUUCGACUCAGGACGGGGAGUUGGGCACCUCAGGAUCAUCGUCAGCAGCGGCGGGGCUUGCCGCAUGCGACAGGAGAGAAGGAGGCACAGACCUGGAUGACGACGAGGUGGAAGAAGAGGCAGAAGACGAUGACGAAGACGAGGAAAUUGACCCAGGUCGUCCGGACGACGCUUACUCCUUCUACGAGUCAGAGAAGGUGGAGGAUGACGAUGAAGUGGAGGAGGAACUUGAAGAGGACGAUGACGAAGGCAAUGGAGUGCACGGGGAGGACCAGUCCACUGACCACCACCACCACCACGUCCUGCACCAGCAAGAGGUGCACAGGACAGACGUGCACAGUCACACUACCCACGUGCACAGCACACUCGCGCACACCACCGUCGCGCACAACACUCUUCCACAUAAAACGCACACCACUCAUGUGCACACUGCUCACACCUCCCACGACCAGCUCACACCUCUCACACACACCUCCCACCCUCACACCUCUCACAAUAACAGCAGUAGAGAUUCGGGUAUUUUGGGACCUCAUGGUCCCCCUCCACCAAGACCCCCAUCACACCCACACGCCCACCUCUACAGUCACGCCCAUGGGUUCUACCCCAUGGUGGGAGGGGGCGGGUCUGGUCCCCCGGUCUAUAGACCACCUCACCACGACCUAAAGCGACCCAUUGAACAGGUCUUAGGGGGUCCGGGACCAUCAGUGGGCCCUCCAUCUAUGCUGCCCAUGCAGGGGCCUGUACACAUGGGUGGGAGUGCCAUGGGUGCUGCCCCACGUCCACUUUACCCGCCCCAUCCGCCAGAAAGACCCAAAAAGAAAGGUUUCAUGAUCGAUGACAUCAUGAAUGGGUAGUGUGGGUCACUGCCAGGUAGUGUGGGUCACUGUCAGGUAGUGUGGGUCACUGCCAGAUAGUGUGGGGUCACUGUCAGGUAGUGGGUCACUGCCAGGUAGAGUGGGUCACUAUCAGGUAGUGUGGGUCACUGUCAGGUAGUGUGGGUCACUGUCGGGUAGUGUGGGUCACUGCCAGAUAGUGUGGGUCACUGUCAGGCAGUGUGGGUCAAUGUCAGGUAGUGUGGGUCACUGCCAGGUAGUGUGGGUCACUGUCAGGUAGUGUGGGUCACUGUCAGGUAGUGUGGGUCACUGUCAGGUAGUGUGUGUGUCACUGUCAGGUAGUGUGGGUC